CCGUGAUAACGCUGGUCCAAAGUUCACCUGCUGCUGCUGUCCUGUGUACACCUGAGGUUGGGUGUUUCACACACCUCACACGCACACCUGAGCUCUGAGUGCGGAUGAAGAAGAAGCUCUUCGGUCACACUCACGGCUCCUCAAGUCAGUAGAGCAGAUCCGGGGUAGGGGGGCGAAGAUGAUCCCACCUUCACCUGUGUCCCAGUCGGCUCAACAGUGUGGAUUUACACCGCUGGAAUUACUUUCUUUCGUCUUACACUGGAAUUCAUAUUUUACUUUAUUUUCUCGUUUUGUGUGUGUGUGGGGGGGGUCAUUCAUCACACGCCAAGCCCCUUCAUAGCUGUUGGAAAUGUGGAUACCGCCGUAUUUGAUCAUGAUUUUCUGCUGCUGCGGUCAGUCAAGUGCUGUAAAUGUGACUUUUAAAUCCCACAAUCUCCACAAUGUACUGCACUGGGAUCAGCUCAACACCUCAAACCAGACGGUCCUCUAUAGUGUGGAGUUCAAUGAGUAUGGGAGUGGGUUCCAACAGAAGAAAGAAUGCCAGAACAUCACAGCUCUUUCCUGUGACCUCAGUCAAGAGACACAAGUGAGAGGACAUAAUGACCAGUACACAGCGCGGGUGAAAGUUGGUGGCAAGGUGAUCGGACAAACGACUCGAUUCUCUCCCCUCCGGCAAACUACGCUGGAUGCCCCUGAUGUAACAGUGACAUCUAAGGCUGCUGAGAUGACUGUCAGAGUGGAAGUUCCAGAGGGGCCGGACGGCAGAAGCAUGACGGAGACUUUGCACCGUCCACCAUAUUACAUGAUCACUCUCACACGCAACAGAUCAGGAGAGAUCAUGACUCGACAAUAUCAGAAUACAUCUGAACUGUUUGUUUUCAGCAACUUGGAAAAAGACACAGAGUACUGCGGCUCUGUGACCUUCAACUUUGACACUAUGUCUAGGCCACCAAGCGAAGCCUUCACAUUUUGUGAGAUUUUACCAGGAGACGUAAAGGUAACACGAUUCCUGUUCCUCCCCUCCGUCGGGAUUGCACUGCUCCUGCUUGUCAUGAUCCCAGCGCUUCUUUGGCGUCUCCUAACCCGGAGGAAGGUCGCGGAGCCUGAAUCAUUGAAUUUUCGCAACUUCACCUACCUACUCCUGGCUACCCAUGAGAAAAUUGACAUUACCAGAAUUGAGCUGCAACCAGAUAAAACCACAGUCAUCAACCCGACACGUUAUAUGAAGCAUAAUGGAGCCAUUAGCAAAUUUGAGGGCUACACCCCACAAGACGACCACCACUGCGAGACGUAUGCCAGCCAGCAGGUGGGACCGCCGGAGGACUCCCAGGGCAGUGCCCUGUCAUCGCCCACCUACAGUACGAUAGUGAGGGCACCGGAGCUCAACAUCAGCGGGGAUGAGAGCUCACCCACCAAGGAAGGCCUGGGAUGCAGUGCUUUCCCUGUGCCUAACAGACCCCUGCCACCAGGCUCAAACCUACCUGCGCAUCAGAGUGGUGAGGUGGCCGAUCGGGGCCUUCAUAGUCCAGAGACUAAGCCUCUGAUGCUGCCAACCUCGCAAUCAGCCGAAGGCUUGAGGCUUGAGCUGUCCUUCCUGGAGGAGACUUCUGAGUGUACAGCCCUGUUAUCAGACCAGCCUGAGGCUGAGGCUGAGGCCAUUUUUGUUCCUAGACUCUCAAGCAUCACUGUGGGGGACUCUGACUCCUUCGAGGAGAAAUCUGUGGCGUGUUCGACAAACAGUUACCUUUCAAAUGAGCUGGUCCCAUCUCAACAGGGGCCAACCUCUUACCUCCCAGACCGAGUACAUUUCUGCUCUGGCAACCUUCCCAGCAGCUUCCAGUCAAACUACAGACAGAACUGGGUUCCUGUAACGGUCCCUGAGAGUUCCACUGGGUCAGUGGUGAGUUCGCAGAGUUCCUGGGUCAGCCCUGAGGAGGAGGAUCAGCAGGAGGAGGAGGAGGAGGAGGAGGCCUGCAGAGGGAUCUUUUUGUUAGACGGAUGGAUGGUGCAAAUUCAGCGCUGA